GUUUUUCACAGUGUUUUGUGUUUCGAAAAAAGUGAAAGAUUCUAACUUAUGCUUUGAGCUAAAAUAUGUCUGAUGUAGUCAUUACAUCUAACACAAAUGAAAUGCACACCAUGGUGACCAUAGUAACUAAGUAUGCAACCAAUUAUGUUGUCGAUAUAAUUCGUUCGUUCACGAUAAUUUAUAAAUAAGCAGAAUAAAAUUUCAUUGAGUUUAUCUAGUCAGGCAGCUGUUGGGCCAAACUCACCAUACAAAAGGAAAAAAAUUUCAAUUUGUCACUGACAUUAUGACCCUCAUUUUUACUUCCUUCAUUAUUUGAUUUACUUCAAAAAUAUCAUUCUGUAAACGUAUUGAGGUGACAAUUCAUGUGUACGUUGUUUACGUAGUUCACCGAUUGCAUCUUUAGUUGGCUUCAUUAUUGUAUUACUGGGCGGUGGGGCUUUUGGUGGAGCAAUCAUUUUUGCAAGACGUUAUUUAAUUACACUUUUAAAUGCUCCUAAUCUAUUCCCUUACUUGGACUAUGCUAUUUAUGGUUUAGUCGGAGCAAUAGGAUUAUUUUCACUGUUAGCCUACUUACUAUGUUCCCUCUCUUCUGGUUGGAAUGCAAAACAUUACUUUGAAAGUAGCCGAAAAGCAUGCUGUGGAAGGUGUUGUAAUAUGACGCUUAUCAUACUUUUGGUAACGGCUGUCAUAUUAUGGUCAGCUAUUGCAUGCCUAGUUAGUUACCCAGUUGUCAGUAUUGCACUUUUGUUAUACCGAAAUGAAGGACCUAGUCGCUUACGACUAGCCUCUGUCGGACAAAUGACUUCAUAUAACCAUGAUGGUCAAGUAAAUUUUCCUAGUUCAAGCAGUAGUUACAUACGUGAAAUGUUUAAUUCCAAUAGAAAAAUAAUAAAACGACGUGAUACAGAAGAAUGGUUUCCUGAUGAUCCUAAUGAUUUCAAUACAGUUGAAAAUACUGUUGCCGUACCAGAUGAUAUUCCAGAUAAUCUUCAUACAGAUCCAUCUAAUUUAGGUAAAGACCUAACAGCUACGGUGACAAGUCCAAAAAUGGUCGAUCAGCCACCACCUGUGAUAAGUUCAUUUUCUGAUAACAAAUUAUCAUCAUCAUCAAUACCAUUAAAAUCGUCUUUAAAACCUUUAUCAAAAAACAUUGUAAAACAAGUAAUGAAUGGUGCUCUUAGUAUUCCAGAAUCUAUCAAAUUGUUUUAUCAGUGUAGCCAAGAGACAUUUGAUUUAUCUUAUUACGGUCUAUACGAUGCCAAUGGUUUACCGAUACACAUUGCACGAGCUAACUUCCCUGAGAGAACAUAUGAUAUUUUAGUUUGUGUAAUUCUUGCUGUCGCUGGCAUAUUCCUACUACUAUUUGGUUAUAUACAAAUAAUUAUUUGUACCGCAAUGAAUUAUGCUCGAAUGCAAGAGGCUAGAUAUUAUGAAACAUCUGAUAUUGGUGAAGAAGGUGUUGCAUUACAACAAUAAAUGUAUUUUAUUUUAAAAAAAUAAUUCUGUAAUUCCAUUAAACAUAAUUCAUUAUGAUUUUAAUCAUAUGCCUUUUAUUCUUCACAUAUGCAACUAACUACUUAGAAUUUACAAACAAUGUUAAUGCAUAUACAUAGGAAAUAUGAAAACUGCACAUUGUAUAGUAAUUUGAAUAAAAAAAUUUUAUUCAGUUCAAAGGAUUUCAUUAAAAAUAAUGAACACUUCCAAAAGAGAGUCUUCUUAAGAGCAAGAUGUAUGUAUUUAUGUUCCAGAAUAAUAAUAAUAAUAAUAAUAAU